AUGGAAGAAGGAAGGGCAGGGGAAAGAAGGAAGGAGUCUGUUAGAGAGUUGUUACAGAGAUUGCUUUCACCUUUUGGCCUCUCUCGCAGUACAUUACAUUCAUACUUCCAGCAUGAUCUUGGAAGACUACCCGAUCCACAUACUUGGAUUACGAUUGGCCCUGCAAAUUCAAGACGGCCUUGUGAGCUUGAUAAUAUGGCCAAGUCCGUUUGCAGCACUAACCUUUUACGAGAAAGACGUCAAGAAGGAUGGAUUGGUGAUUAA